ACCUUCACCAUUUCCCAUUUCUCCGAUUUUCCAUUUCCUUCUCAGACUGAAAACGUAAAAAGAGAACAAAUCUCCCACAGAAGAGAGAGAGAGAGAGAGAGAGCGAAUAAACAACAAGAAACAACAACCAAAAUCAGAUCUUUCUUCAUCCUCUUCCGCCAUUGUUACACGUCCCCUUCCGCUUCAAGCAUUCCCCUCCCCUCCCCCGGAAAACAGCGGCAACGACGUGGAUCGCCGGAGCUCGGCCGCUCCCCGCCGGGUGUUUCAAGCGCGAGUAUGCAGCAGCGUGUACGUGGGCUGGUCUCUGAUGGGCUUGUUUUCUUUCUCUGAAGAGUAGGGCCAAGUUGCUUCCUUUUCAAAAUUUCACUGAAAUGUCAGAAGGAUUAGAAGGAGUGGGGCCUUAUGAUGAGAUUAGAGAAAGAAGAUUGGAUUUUGAUAACUUCGAAGAUGACAGGCGGAGAUCUAAAAUUGGAAGUCUAAAGAAGAAGGCUUUGCAUGCUUCGAACAAAUUCACUCAUUCUCUUAAGAAAAGAGGAAAAAGGAAAAUAGAUUACAGAGUCCCUUCAGUUUCCAUAGAGGAUAUACGAGAUGCUAAAGAGGAAGGCGCAGUCCUUGAACUCCGUCAAAGACUACUUGAUCGGGAUUUGCUGCCACCUAGGCAUGAUGAUUACCACACUCUUCUGAGAUUUUUGAAAGCGAGGGAUUUCAACAUUGAUAAAACCAUCCAGAUGUGGGAGGAGAUGCUUGCAUGGAGAAAAGAAUAUGGAACGGACACCAUUUUGGAGGAUUUUGAAUUCGAGGAAUUAGAAGAAGUGUUGCAAUAUUAUCCCCAAGGCUACCAUGGCGUUGACAAAGAAGGCAGGCCAAUAUAUAUUGAGAGGCUUGGGAAGGCUCAUCCUACUAAGCUCAUGCGAAUUACUACUAUCGACCGAUACCUGAGGUACCAUGUACAAGAAUUUGAGAGGGCCCUUCAGGAGAAAUUCCCAGCUUGUUCAAUCGCAGCUAAGAGACAGAUCUGUUCGACAACAACAAUACUGGAUGUGCAAGGCUUGAGCAUGAAGAAUUUCACUAGGACUGCUGCGAGUCUGGUGGCUGCCAUGUCAAAAAUAGACAACAGCUACUACCCUGAGACACUUAAUCGGAUGUAUGUUGUUAACGCUGGUCCGGGCUUCAAGAAGAUGCUCUGGCCUGCUGCUCAGAAGUUUCUAGAUGGAAAGACGAUUGCCAAGAUACAUGUUUUGGAACCCAGAGCGCUGCCUCGACUUCUGGAAGCUAUAGAUCCAAGCCAAUUGCCGGACUUCUUGGGCGGCUCCUGUACUUGUUCUGCUGAAGGGGGAUGUCUCAAAUCUAGCAAAGGUCCUUGGAAUGAUCCUGAUAUAAUGAAGCUUGUACACAAUGGGGAGGCGACAUUUGUGAGACAAGUCACGAGAAUAUCUGAUGAUCAAGAGAAGGUUGACUCCUAUAUUCAGAUACGGCCGCUUAAGGUAAGGGCUAGCGAUCCAUGUGCUGCUGAAUCAGGGUCCGACAUUGAUGAUUGUAAUUCCCCAACUGGACAAAGAAGCUCCAGUUUCCCACGUCUCUCUCCGGUUUGCGAAGAAGUAAGAUUGUCGGACUCAGAUGCCUAUUACAGUUGCCACAGCACAUUUAGUUCAUGUGAAGCCUCUAACAGUGACCAAGUAGGGGGUCCUGAAGAUCUCUUGCUCAAGUUCAGGGGCCGAGAAAAUUCAUCUUGCAAUGGUGAAGCUAGUUUAGAAGGGACUUCUGGUAAUUACUGGCUUAACACGAUAAAGGGAAAGAUCGAAAUGAGGAGUUUGCAGCGUUCGGCAAAAACAUUCUUGGCUCUUGUGGUCAGGCUAGUUUCAUUCUUCCGGUGUGUGUACUCCCCGUUCUUGAGAAAACAGAGCAACAUUCAUCCAUCUAAUGUGGUGGAGACCAACACAGUCAUCAGCGACCAUCCAGCAGCUGUUGAAGCGGUCAGUGAGGACCGGGUUCGUCCAUGCGUAGAGCGACUUCAGAGGCUCGAGAGAAUAUUAGAUGAGCUCAGUAACAAGCCUGCAGGGAUCCCUGUGGAGAAGGAGAAGAUGCUAUUGGAUUCUCUAGACAGGAUUAAGUCAGUGGAGCAUGACCUGGAGAAAACGAAGAGAGUACUUCAGGGUGCAGUAAUGAAGCAACUUGAGAUUGCUGAGCACAUAGAGAACUGGAGCCAAGCAAAAUGUCAGCAGAGAAAGUGGCUAUGCUUGAGAGCUUAGAGAGUUGUUCAACAGCGGAUUUGAUAAGAUCCUCAAGUUGUGCUGUCGGGAUUUGAUCGGAUGAUGGAAGUUUUUGCCUGACCACUCCGAGCAUGCAGCACAACACGGGCUCGUGGUGGACUUUUGCUUACCCUUUUGGCCGGCUAAUGUUUUCCACAACCUUUUGUACGAGGUUCUUCUUGUGAAUGGAAAUUAUGGCGAGAAAGACUCCGAGAGAGUGUAAUCAGGAAGAAAAGGGAGAAAGAAACAAGAUGUGAAAUGAAGAGUAUCUUUUUACACCGCAGCCACCACUAGUAGUUCUGUGGGUUUUUACUCCAUGGAAUGAAAUUGUAUAUCUGACGAGCAUUUGUAAAUUCACUAAUAUUUUCCCUCUUUUUUUU